GCCAUGGAAGCCAACACCUCCCUCUGGCACAGCUACCUUGGGGUGAUCGUGUCCCGCGAGAGGCAGCGGAUGGAGCAUUUCCAGCGGGCUGAGGACAUCCUGCUCACCCUGUUGGAGAGUGUCCAUGCUAAGGAGCCCCGCUUCCUCGUGGACUAUGCCAGGAACCUGGAAGCCUUCGACUUCACCCUCUGUGCCUCUGAGGAUGCUGUCACUCUCGAGAUACCCCUGCGUGUUGACGGCGGUGCCCUGCGUGUGCUGGCAUGCCAGACCAGGGACAGCCCAGCCAGGCAUCCUUCAGAGCUGAACACCUGCUACCUGGAAGUGUGCUCUCCAGGGAAUGAUUUGGAGGACUGGACUGGUGCUGUGGAUGUGAUGGAGCACGGAGGUGGUGUGGACUGCCUGCUUCCAGCUAAAAUCCUCCAGCACCUGAAGGAGCUCCUUGUUUCAGCCAUUGUGCACUGCCAACGCCUCUUCCUGCUUCAGCCAGGUGACAUCAGUGCUGAAAAUCUCCGGGAAGAUGCCAUGGAGCUCUCCCUGCUGAUCCGUGGCACCUGGAAGACCAUUCGCUUUGACAUUGUUCCUGUGGUGAGGAGGCAGCAAGAGCCACUCCAGCUCCAGAGGCGGCAGAGUGACAAGGGCUUCCCUGAAGGCAGCCUCAGGAAGGCUACAGAAGAGGCCCACUUUGUCCCUGCCUCUCCCCACUGCUGGAGAUCCUCCACUCACCUUCCCAUCCUGAAGCUGCUCCGAGGAGUGGACAGCCUGAAGGGACCCCGUCUGGACAGCCUUCGCCUGCUCGACCAGCUCCGUGACCAGGACUGGGGAGGGCAGGGUGGGAAAGGCAGUCUCACUUUCAACCACCUGAAGAUGGUGUUGCUGUGGAGCACAGAGCUCUUCCCCUCCCCGGAGGACUGGCAGGACCUGGAAGGCUCUGUCUACAGGCUCUUGGUGAUACUUCUCCGCUGCCUGGCCACCCAGCACCUGCCCCACUUCCUGAACCCAGAGGAAAACCUCUUCCAAGGAGCAGGCCCUGACCUUACCUCCCUCUACCAUAAAGUCGAGAGCUUUGCCUGGGACCCCCAACGCUUCCUCCGCUUCCAUUUUGGCCUCCAUGGAUUCAGUGGCAGCUGGCAGGCAGACCCUGAAACCCAAGCCCUCCUGCAGCUCCCCACUAAGGAUGCAUCCUACUGGGACACAGCCUACUUUGACAUACUGCUCAGCCAGUUUCAGGUGUACCGGAUCCACGACAGUGCACGCCACUCAGCAGUGUCCCAGCUCCUCUCCAAGAUCCGUCGAGAAAUCCCCCAGCAGAGUUGAGUGGAAUCCUGCUGCUGCCCCG